UCAGCAGCGUCAACGAAAUGAUGGUAAGCCUAUCUCAUUCGUUUCCCUUUGAUUAUAACGGACCAUCACUUAUAGCAUUAGAAUCAUGGGUUGAGGUCUGCUCUCACCCUUCCUCGUCCUCGGUAUCCUCUAUCGGAGAUGAAAUCAUCACUACCGGCCUGCAAGUUGGCUCGUCCUAUGACGCUCGAAGACGACGACGUUUACACCCGCAGUCUUAUGCGCGCUCCGACCCACGCCAGCCCACUUUUGUCGCCCGCCCGGUUGGCCAGACUGGUGCGGGUAGUAGUCAGGAAGAGUACGACGAGAGCGAAAGCGAAGAAGACCAUAUCUUGACCAGUUCUGCCGAGAUAAUUGUUGCUCCCGAAUCUACUCGCAACAAUCCUCGACGUCAAGGCUCCCAAGCCCAAGCGAUCGAACCCGACUCGAGCGAUGACGAUGAUGACCAUGCGACGGCACUGGGAAGACGAGCUCCCGAGCCAUUCCAACCCCAGCCAAAUGCAUUCUCGCAUCCACCUUCGCACUUGACCCAUCGUCACUCGGCAAAUUCAGCUCUUGCCUCACACCCCCAUCAUCCUUCUUUCAGUCAACGGUCUAGCACGCGCAUCGACCGUCGUGGUCCCAAUCUCAUGUCGCCAAACUACCAAGCUGACAAUGACGCUGCUCUUCGCGCUAGUUUGACGACCCUUCUUAGCUGUGCUGCUGCUGCGGGCAAGCGAACACAGGAUGGAGACAAAAUUAUGGGUGAACGUUCUGGAGUGGCUACUAGCAAUCAGCCCGUUGAACUACGUUUUGUUGCUGAGAGCGAGUUGGAUGCCCCAGCCCCAGCGCCAACGCGAGGCCGAACACGAGGAAAUGGCCCAUCUCCUAGAACGGGCCAGCCAGCAACUACAUCCCGUGAACAUGCUGGUGAGAAGGUUAAGCGAGCGGCUACACCCACGACUGGCACUAAAUCGCCUCGCGUGACCAAGAAGAAGAGGACGAAUGUGGCUGCUGGCGAGGAAACCUUUAUCAGUCCAACCCUUCUGACUUGGGUGGUUAGCGCUGGCGUCGUAGUGCUGGUCUCUGUUGUCGGCUUCGGAGCGGGCUACGUGAUCGGAAGAGAAGUCGGCCGCCAAGAGACUUUGAACGGUUUGGGCACUGUCGGUAACGCAAGUGCUGCGAUUGAUGGGGGUAGUUGUGGUAGAGAGGCCCUCCGUAGCGGUGGUGGAACUCUGAGGAGAUUCCGUUGGGGCACCGCUAUAGGAAGGAGUGCCAUGGCAUGAUUGGUUUGUUCCAACUGACGCUGCUCUAGACUUGGUACAUGAGUUUUUGGAAUCAAGAUGUGAGCGGAUUGGCAUGCUAAGGCAUCACGAAUCGACGACUUGCAGUUCAAUACACCCUACGCAUUUCGGUAGUUGGUGGUUGGAAUGAUGCUCGCUGAAAUACGAAAUUAGGACCCUCAGUUUAAUCGUCAUGGUCAUCGUCGUCGUCGGUGUUCCAAGCGUUUCUGAAAUUUAGCGAGAGGACGGAGAGAGAGAGAGAGAGAUCGAGGUCAUAACCACGAGCAUAUUAUUACCCUGUACGUGAGAGGAGUUUGGGUUCAUCUAUUCUUGGGAAGGUUAUCUGUUUGGGGCCAUUUGACACGAAGCUAUAUACACUUUUUUUUUUUUUUUUUUAGCUGCGGGACGGCAGCGUAGGUACCUAGCGAGCACGAUAUUAUAGGAUUUAAUAUGACUUUGAUUUUAUUUUUCGACUUCGUUCGUUUGAGGGUGAGGGUAUCAUGGGUGUGUUUCUCUCGUUUUUCAAACUGGUAUCGACCUAGGUAGUUAGACGCUGAGAUAGGGGUAACGCACCAAAUCUUUCUUUUGAGGAAUCUCGAGGUAAACAUAGACAUG